AUGUGGGAGCUUGCGUCAGGAAUUUCACCAUUUUACGGGAGGGAACAUGAUACUCAACUCAUGUUAAGCAUUUACAAGGGUGAACGUCCUGGGAUCAUUCAAAAAACUCCACAGUGUUAUGUUGACCUAAUGAAAGCAUGCUGGGAUUCCGACCCUUCUGAAAGGCCAACUGCAACAGAAAUUUCUACAAUUGUUCAAAAUUGGAUAUAUUAUACUUUGAAGUAUUAUGAGGCGGAAAAAAAGAAUGUUACGGAUACUAUUAAUGACCCACUAGGUCUUAAUUCUAAUUUCGUGGAUAAUAAAUCUCCAGAUGAUGAGUCCAUAUAUUUAAAAGAAAAGGAUGUUACGGAUAUUAACGGCGUGCAGGAAUUUCUUCUCACAGGCAAUGCCAAACCAGGACAUCUUUCUAAUGUCGUGGACAAAUAUCCAGGUGUUACGGAUAUUAAUGGCAGGCAGGAAUUUCCUUCAGUCAGCUCACCAAGGGUUUAUAAAGUCGUGAACAAAUUUCAAGAAAAAGACUUACCACAUUUAAUGCAACUCAAGGAAGAUGCGUCCCCAUCCCAAAAGAAAUCUAAACACGAUUCGAUUGAUUCGAUUAGUGCUAGGUCUGAUACUAAUGGAAAGGGUCGCCAUAACAAACUUGCGAUUGAAAAUCCGUACUCCUGUAAUAUUUGCGGCAGUAGGUCAUCAUCGAAAGGUAUGACAUUAACAAGUACAACUGAGUUAUGCUAUAACUAUUCCUCAAGAGCAUCACUUAAAAUUCCGAAUUGCUUUCAAAAUAUUUCAGAAUAUAAGAAGGGUUGGGAGUAUCUUGACAUUACGCUUGUUUGGUAUUUUGGUUAUAGGAAGUACUUAUGGUUUUAUUGGAUGAAGAACGGAGUAUACUUUAUCGCUAUUAAAAUCAAUUCACAAAAGUUAACAAUACCGAUAACUACUCAUUCUAAAAUGGAUGAUUAG